UAAUCAAUCCUGGAGUAGUCGAUGGCCUAGUAACGUGGCAUGUAGAAGCUAUGGCUGAAGAAACCUCCUAAGGGAUAGUUCGGGGAACACGCCAAUAAAAGUAAACAACUUUAGUUGUUUCGAGUCGAGUCUUCGUAAAACGCUAAGAGACACCGUUAAACGCGGCCAUAUUUAAUACACAGAAAAAUACCUUAUGAAAGAAAUCGAUCUGUAAUUCCUUUCAGAGAUAUUACAGGCCAAUUUGAGACUAUUUGGUUAACAUAAUAUUGGAGUAACGUUCACACAGUAGCAGUUAACUGUAGGCCUUUAUCUAAUCUAACCAUGGCAGCGGCUACAGCAUGGAUUAAUUGCGGCGUCCCCAGGUGAACUAAUACUUUGACCAAAUGUGCCAAUUGCACAGUUUCUCCCCCAGGUUAAGGAGAUGCUGGCUCAGCUCGUCGGGAGGAAGUAUAUAGUGAAGUGGUCCAUCCACAGUUAUGCUGUUGAAUUCUUAUUAGACACAGGUGCCCAAGUGCCGCCAGUGGGUGAAAACCUACCUCCCUACGUCCACUAGAUAAACGAAUAGGAAAGAAAGCUCUCAGUGCAUAACAUAUUUCAGUUCAAUGCAGUAGGCUACGGCUUUCGCUUUCUUCACGUCCGAAGUUCCGUGGAAUCAAGUGGAGAAGACGGACACCACAUCUUCGGGGAUUCGUUGCAAAACUAAUGUCAAUCGGUUUGACUGUGAAUAAUUUCUUAACUGUUGUUAGAGCGUGCACCUAAUUGUUGUUAGCUGCUUAUCGUAUCUGUCAUGUCUGAAAAGAUGAAGAUUUUAAACAAGGCUGAAUUACAGCAAGCAGAAAAGGUCCUGCACUCACACUUACCAAAAAGUAUCAAGGUUUAUGGAUAUCUGUUUGCUAUGAAUCGAGACAAACCACAUACACGACAGGUUGUUGUGGACUCCUGGCCUGAUUUUAAAACCAUAAUUUGUCAACCGCACCCAAAGAGCGAACUGCUUUAUGAAAAGAAAGUGACUUUCUUCAGUACUGAUGAGAAGGUUCUUCAGAGAAUGUUGACAGAAGACAACGUCUUAGACUGGAAGAAAAACUUCACAAUUGGAGGGAUGGACAUCCAUCAUGCCACCAUGUUGAAGGCCAUCUCCGCUGCAAAAGGAGUCACAAUGAGACAGUUUACACUUGAACAUCUCCUGGUAUUACGAGACCCAAGUCUCCUUCCUCAGCUGACAGUGAGCAGAGAUGUGGAGGCCAGGAUCUCCUCCCUGAAUGAAUUCCAUGUCGGUUUGGUGAAUAAAACCUGGAAAUUUGGAGAUGAUGAAAAAGGUUCUCAACGAAUCAAACAUCUGAUAAGCCACUUCCCCACAUGUUGCAUCACUGAUGAAGAAGGCCGUCCAGUUUCCUGGGUGCUGCUGUAUGAUUACUGUGCUGUAGGGAUGCUCUACACCCUGCCAGAGCACAGGGGGAAGGGCUAUGCCAAGAUCCUGCUGAGCACCAUGGCAGCAAGGCUCCAUGCCCAGGGUUACCCUGUGUACUGCUACAUUGAGGAGGAGAACCAGAUCUCCUACAGGCUCUUAAAGAAACUGGGCUUUACUGAGGACCCCUCCUACAGGGCUGCCUGGUAUGAGUUCAACUACUGAACCAGUAUUUCUUUUUAGGAAAUUUAGAAAGUGAGGUGAGGUGACUUUAGUCAACCCCUUGAUAAAACAUCUGGCAGUAUGGCUGAAACUCAGUCAGGUAGUAAAAGAUAAUGUUGGUUUGGGAAGGAAAAAUGCACCCUUGUCCAGGAAUGUCUCAAUCAAGCCAGGGAAACGCAUGUGACUUCAUCCAAUUGGGUCUUUUACAGCAAUCCUUUAGUGUGUCUGUCAGUACCAAGCACACCCACCUCAUUCGGUGGAAAAUUUACUUUCACUCCUGGCCGUUUCCCGAUAAUUAGCGGUGUCUCUUAGCGUUUGAAAGGUAUACCUUACUAAAGUUGUUUACUUCUCUCAGCGUGUUUCCUGAGCUAUACCUGAGGAGGUUUCUUAGGGAUAGCUUUUACGUGUGAGGUUACUUGGCCCAUCGACUACUCAAGGUUAUUCCGAUAAUUCACUCCAUGCAGCGACUGCUUGACUGCGUGAUGAGAGAAAGUAGGGCUAUUUAUGAAUAAAACACGACAGGAAUACUUACAAAUAUUGCAUCUAUCACGACUGGUGGGACCUUAUUAAUAGAAUUGAAAACUUACAAACUGACUUAUCCAACCAUAUAUAUAAUUUUCGCCAAAUGUGUGUAAGAACACGGCACCUCAGACUGUGGUAUCACACCUCAUCCCACUGCGCCACCUGGCAAUACACCUUUGGCAUGUCAUGUUUUAUUUACAUUAUUUUAAUAUCUGUUGUGGUGCCUUAAAUUACUUUGCAAUCAGGGUUGAUUUGCCAGAAGCACCAUCACAUUACUGUUGUAAUUCACUAUUUUCUCUGAUUGGCUGACGUUUUCAAUAAAAGCAUACCAACAAGCAAAAUGCACCAACACGACAACAACGUAAGAUAUGGCGGGAAAAAACCAAAGACAGAAGCACUCCCAUAGGUUCACAGCAAGCCUUACGACAUUACCACUUACAGAAGGUAUACUUAGCUAAGAACGUUUCCGGAAACACGCUGAAACGUUAAGGUAGAGCUUAAGGUAUAACUUACGAAGGAUGUAUCGUUAAGAAGGCUUCGGGAAAGGCAGCCCUGUGAUAUAUUAGUGUUCCUCAGCCAGUCCUUAUCAGCUGGAAGAUAACUUCCAAAUGUUCAGUUCUAAAUCAUUUUUCUCAACUUUGGGAAUCUAAUGACUGUGUUAGUAGGUGAUAGUGUCAGAAACUAUCUUUACAAUGCAUAUGAAUUUUCUGUUUCAAGGGUUGACUGAUGUCAGUUCCCAAAUCCUCUGUGUAAUUUUCAAACGCUCAAAAUUACAACAAAUUAUUUUGUCCUUGUUGAGGGUACUGCACUGGACUAGUUCCAAUCAUAUCUCUCUCACCGGAAACACUUGGUCACUCUCUCAGGCCAGAAAUCUGACAGCCACCACCACACAGGGUGUUCCUCAAAGUUCUGUCCUUGGCCCCCUCCUCUUCACCAUCUACAUUUUACCACUUGGACAAAUCAUCUGCCACUUCAACCUGGAUUUUCACUUCUACAAUGACGAUACCCCCAAUCUACAUCAGCGCCAAAACCCACCAUCAUCCCACAUUGAAACCUGCAUCUCCGCAAUCAACCUGGAUGAAACACAACUUCCUCAAACAAAAUGGCAACAAAACCAAAGUCUGUUGCUGAUUGAUUCAAAAUCCACAAUAAGUCUGCCCAAAUAUCAUUAAUCAUUGAGGACACAGUUGUCUCCCCCAUACCCCUGAAAACUGAAAAUAAAUCAUUUCCCAUAAUCUAAUGGCAGUGCAGAAAUCGUUGACUGGGAGUGGAGGUCUUUGGUUUAUGUUUGAAGACCAGGUGUUGACAUUAGUUAUAUCAGUGACCUGACUGGAGGAGUAGGUGAGACGAAGACGCUUGAUUUAGUUUAGUUUUAUAGGGAGGGAACAGGAAAAGUCAGUCUCGAGAAAUACAUUUUUAAAAGAAAUGUGAAACAAGGUUAUGGAUAACCACACUUCUGGGUACCAUUAGUUAGAAUUGUUGGAAGUCUUUUUGGCUCCUUUCCCUAGGUGCUAACCAUAAAAUUAAAAAUAGACGGCAGAUUUAGCACAUACAUACAGGCCACGGGUAACUAUAAAAUGAGAAUGUAUGUUUCUAGGAUUGUCUCCCUCAUCACGCCUGCUACCUGUAUUUUUAACAAACAGUAACUAGAACAAGAAUACAUCAGGACAAAAUUCAACACAGAAACAGUGGCUUUGCUGCUGAUAGGCCUACUCACAGCAAUGGAAUCGUGACUAGAAGUGAGCAAUUCAUCCAUCCACGAGUUCCCAUUUCAAGUUACAUUUCAUAUCACAGUGAGAUUGCCUAAGUGUCUAAUAUUAAAUAUUGAUGUGUUUGAAGUGU